ACGCACAUUGCGGUAUCAGCUGUUUCCCAUAGCUUUGUUGAGUCGAUAAAGAUCAGAGUUUUAACCAUUUAAUGCAUUAUUCAGAAGCGAUUGCCCCGAAUGAGCGAAACCAAUAAAAACAAGGAUCCCACGGGGACCAGUCUGAAGAAGCAACCUUGGCACAAGCGCGGAUCGGCCUCUGCAAUGGCCUCAAAUAUCUUGUUGCAGCUGGCGGCCGAGGAUCCCCAAAGGGACGCUUAUCCUAAGGACACGGUGAUCGCAGCACAAGAAACAGGGGCCUCCAGCUCAAACACCAAAAUGCCCAAACAAGCCGUUAAGCACAAGGGCUUCAAGAAGAUCCGAGGCCCUAAGCCAAAGAACGGCCAGAAAAGACUGAAGCGCAAUGCGACUCAGAAGAAGGCACUUAAUCGAGAAAUGGUAUCCAAGUUCCUAAACUCCAUUAAAAAAAAGUAUGCACUGCAGAAAAAUCAUCACAUUAAGCGCAGGUUGGACUUCCGCAGAAGGGAAUCGCCAGAAAAGAAAAACGCCCUGCCCAAGCCGAAGUUCUACAACCCGAAUAAGAAUGACAACAAAAAAGAAGAAGGAGAAAUCGUCACAGAGUUGGACAGCAGCGAUGAUGACGACUGCGUUUUGCUGGAUACUCCAAACGAAUCCAUUAGCAUUCUAGAUGACGAGGAUGACGAGCCCAGCACCAGUGACCAGCUACUAAAACAGAUAGUUAUGGAUUGCAAUGGCGAGGCCGCUUUGCGUAUAACGCCCAAAACGGAAAACGCAGUUUUGUACUCCACUAUCGGAAAACAGAAUUCUUCAGAUUCCAUCAUCAACUUGGACGAUACCUUCGAAGCAGUCCCAAGUCUAGUUGUUGACAGCAACGACUCUGUUAUAUAUAUUGAAGACACUACCGGAGAAGAUUUCAUCCCGAUACCAUCGUACUCGCCGCCGUUUCGGGAAGGAGAGAAGCAGAGAAGGGCUAGGCCUGCGAAAACGCCCAAUAAGAAGACUGCUCGAAUGAAUGACAGCUUCUUCACCACUGAAGAAAAGAAGAAGCUCGGAGACUAUAACACCAACACAUUUAAUCCCACGGAGGAAGCAGGAGAGGCGAGUAAUAAGCCGAAAACGAAUAAGAGGUUUGUUAUCAUCGAUGGUAGCAAUGUCGCCUUUGCUCAUGGCAACUCAAACGUGUUUUCAUCAGAGGGAAUAAAGUAUUGCUUGCAGUAUUUUGAGAAAAUGGGUCACGAAGUUAAGGCUGUGGUUCCAAUGUUCCGGAAAAACAACUUCAAGUCUUCGAAUCCCGAGCUUCUCGAUAAGCUGCACAAGGAAGGGAAGAUUGUGUUUACGCCGUGCAAAAACAUUCCCGGUCAAAUUACGUCUAGCUACGAUGAUCGUUUCAUUUUGCAGCUGGCAUACGAAAAGAAUGCCGCCGUGGUUUCCAACGACAACUACAGAGACCUGAUUAAUGAAAAUCCUGCAUUUAAAUUGAUCGUUGAGAAUCGAGUUCUUGGUUACUCCUGGUGCGACAACAUAUUCAUUUUACCCAAGGAUCCUUACGGCCGCUGGGGACCUACCCUCGACGAAAUUUUGAGGUGCUAAUGCACCUAGCCAUAUAUUUGUUUUCAAAUUAUUCUUUAGUUUCGUGUUAUAUCUUAAGUUAGUAGUUUUCAUUUAGUUUGGUUGCGAAUUAUUCAACUUUCUUUUCCUUUACAAUUAGCGUUAAGUUGGUCAAUACUGAAGAGUUAAUACGCAGCGUUUACUCAUUUUAUUAGCAUAUAGCAUAUAGUUUUCGACCAGAAGGGUUUUCAUAUGCCUACUAUUUUAAAAAUCUUGCAAAAUUACGAAGUUCAUUAUUUACAUAUAAUUUUCGACCAGAAAAAUUUUUUAAUAUGCACUAUACGUUUAUUUAUUUAUUUACUCCAAUGGGGUUUAUAAGUUAUGCAAA